AGUUUAUGAUUCUUACGCGCCUGGUGCGGACGGCCGGUGGUAUAGUAACAUCACCGCGAUGUGUUUUUUAAACGUUUUGCGUCUGCACGUAUCGCAGAAUCAGCGGCAGAAGAGACUUUACAAGCAAUAUAUGGAGCAAUUAGCCGGUGCUUAUGUGGAACGUUGCACGGAACUGGUGCCUUGGGAUCGAAGGUUCAGCUAUCGAGCGCAGAGUCCCGAGUGGCGCUACCAUUUGCCGUGUGAUGAGUACUGGCACGGGAGUGAGAUGUCGAGGUCCUACUGCAGCUCGGAGUGCGACAGCGGAAGGUGCUCUUCCCCAUGCUGUUCGGAGGUCAUCUUCAACGGUGGACAUCACUACAGCGGCAAAGGUCACGCGUGCCGUCGAUAUCCGAUUUGUUACCCUGGAAAUUUUGGGAGCGGUCGGUUAGCUGUCGAGAGUUGGUGGGCGGGGCACGCGAUGCCGGCGGCGGGCGGGCGCGCCAACAACGGCGCCCUCGCACUGCACUAUGCCGCCGCACGAGGCUGUCUCGAUUGUGUUCGUCUGCUCACAAAUACUACUCCAGAUGCCUCUGCAAACACAGCGAUGGAUAAUGACGUGACGCCGGUAUACCUAGCCGCGCAGGAAGGUCAUCUUGCAGUGCUGAAGUACUUGGUCUUGGAGGCCGGGGGGCGAUUGGACGCGAGAGCCAGAGAUGGCAUGCUUCCGAUACACGCUGCCGCCCAGACCGGCUGCCUCGACUGUGUCAAAUGGAUGAUUAUAGAGCGCGGCGUUGACCCGAACGCGAGGGAUGGAGACGGUGCGACUCCUCUUCAUUUCGCAGCUUCGAGGGGUCAUCUCAGUACCGUUCGCUGGUUACUGAGACACGGAGCCAGACUCCAUCUGGACAGGCACGGCAAGAGCCCUAUUAAUGAUGCCGCAGAAAAUCAUCACUUGGAAUGCCUGAACGUGCUGGUCGCGGCUGGCGCCGCCGGAGCUGACAGCAAACAGCUCUCCUCGUAUAAAUCCAUCCACUCCUGCGCUUGCACGCCUGGGGAUGCGCGGUGCGCGUUACCGAACUGCGUUAACGCGAUCAGCACUCGGUCCCCAUUUUACCUCCACGGCCCGGAGAGGGAGCGCCCCGGGACCCAGGACAGGCGGGGGUCUCUACCCUCCACGGGUGGCUCCGUUAGCUCAGCGCGCUCCGGGCCCGCCGACGGACUCUACGUCAACCCCAUGCAACGAGCCACUUCUACCAACGUCGUACACCAUACGUCUUCCGGAGAAGAUAGUUCAGGCUGUUCAGCAUCCGAGGCGGACACGGCUAACUCCGGAGGCUGGUUCCUUCACGGCAGCAACAACGGUAGCACCGGUGCUCCUGCCGCUUUGUACCAGCGUGUCAGAGAGCUGUUUCAUUCGCGCUCUCCUGGCCCGAGGGUCCCGGCUGAAGGGCAGGAAGCUCCCACAAUGACAGUUAAAGCAGAAGUGCACGGCACGGCAGAAGUGACAACGGUCCAAGAACAAUCCGACAGCGACAGUGGCGCUGAAGCGAAUAAGCGGGAUCAUCAUCAUUAUGAAGAUAUUUACCUGCCUCGAGAAGAGAAUCAGAGGAGAAGGAGUAGUUCUCGGGACUCUGGAAGUCACAGUCGCCCCGGCAGCGCGGCUCUCCUCGUGGACUACGACUCCAAAGAUAGCAACGACAGCAGCAAGACAUACGAGGAAGUUUCGCCGGUUGCGGAAGCUCCAGCCAAGUCGACGAUGGCCACGAAGCUCGCGGCGCUCACGCACAAAGCUCAGAGCUUCGCGAGCCGCAUAUCGUCAGCGGCCGGCAGCCGGCGCGCGUCCGUGUCCGACGAAGCAACCGUAGUCCAAGCCUCUGCAUCGUCAGGAGUGUCGUCCGGAGGCAGCUCGGGGGACGAGGCGCCACCCCCGCCGCCGCCGCCCCCCGCCCCACCUGCGCCCCCCCCGCCCGCCGUACUGGAGGAACACGCUAUACGACCGUCGGAAUUCAAAGCUAGGAUCGCGGGACGACGCGCCUCUGCAGACGACGAGCGACCGCGCGGACCCAACCUCGUCAACAAGCAGCCCGCGCUACCAUUCGUGCCGCCAGCCUUCCCGCACAACGCGCCCGACCGCCUCAUCAAACCCUCCGAGUACUUGAAAACAAUCACGGCGCCCUGCAAGCGGGACGAGGGCGCGGCGGAGGGCCGGCCUCCUCCGCCGCCGCCCGUGCCCGAGGAUGCACCCCCGCCUCCGCCCCUCGCGCCCCAACCCCUCGCGGCCAUCAGCAGCGCUGACCUCUCCGCCGUCCGGCUGCGGACCCCAGCCACCAAGACCAUGUCCGCACCGCCCCCGACCAGGUCCCUCAGCCUGCAGUGUAUACCCAGCGCGGCUGAGAACUACCGUAGCGCUAAGACCGAUCUGAUAGAGGAGCUCAAAAUGUCGAAGGACAUCAGCGGGAUCAAGAAGCUGAAGGUGGAGCGAGCGCGCCGCGAGAGCCUCCAGGAUAAGGAGACGUUCACAGAAUUCACGAAGAGGUUCACCGCGGAGAACUUUGUGGAUCAGGGGUGUCCGCAGGUGCCGGAGAGGGACGCGGCAGGUAACGUGAUCCCGGCGUGGAAGCGACAGAUGAUGGCGCGGAGGGCUGCCGAGAAAGCUCGGAAGGAUUUAGAGAAGGAGCUGGCCGAUGAGGCCGAGAGGCGAAGAGCUGCCUCCGUGCCCGCGUGGAAAAGACAGUUGCUGCAGCGGAGGGAGGAGGCCGAGAGUCGAUUGAGACAAACAUUAUAUACGCCAAAAGUUGAGGAAACAAACGGUCACUCGAACGGCGAGUGGCGGCCCUAUCCCAACGGCACCAGGGCUGUCUCCAUCGACAACAUCUCGCUUUGCUACGACGCGCCGCCGCCGCCGCGAGCGCCCUCUGAAGCUAAACUCUCCACUGAAAACUGCAAUGGUCACUCGAUGUCGAACGGCAAACGCGACGAGGAAGACGAAAAGGCCAAGAUAAUACCGUGGCGCGCACAGCUACGCAAAACCAACAGCAAACUGAACCUACUAGAAUAGACUUCGCUUGUAAACUAACUUAUUUUAGCCUAAGCAAAGAUGUCCCAGCCCGCGGCGGAGCGUUGCGCGACUGAGACGGAUAGAGACUGCCGUCUCGUUCUCUCUCGCUGCAUAGCUCGACGUCGCCAGCCGCGCUAUGUGUGGCGGCCCUUACAUUACUAUGGUUGUCACUUCACUAUUAUAUUGUUCGUCAUUUAAAUUAGUGAUAAUUAAUUCAUUAAUGGUAACGAUAUCGUUAAAGUUUUAAUUAUGUUUGCGAAUGUCUUGCGCACAGCGCAUGUAAAAAAUGGAUUGUAGGUAUUUUCGAUUGAUUUUAUUUAUUUAAUACUAACGAUGUUUUAGAUUUUCCUACUGAAUUUUCGUAUGUAUCUUUUUAGAUUCGGAUACGUACUUUAAAUUUAGUUUUACGAAAAUUAAAUAAGGAAAAUUUUAUUUGUAGA